AUGUCGAAUGUACAUCGUAAUAGUAUGGGCCCUGUUAUGAAUGCCACAUGUGAAAUUCAAGAAAUCAGUGAAAAUCCAAAUAUAAAAUAUGCAGCUAUCGAUGAUUUAUAUAGAAAACAUCACGAACAUAAAAUUCAUCAAUUUACAGAAAAAAAUAGAGAAAAACACAUUUCCAGUUGGAGAGUAACUAAAUAUGCCGAAGAAAAAGUGGCGUACGGAACAAAUUAUUUUUUGAAAAUAGCGAUUGAUGAAAAUUUAUUUAUUCAUAUUAGAGUUCAUCAACGUAAAAAUCAAAAUAAAUAUGAUUUUUAUGCCUUACAUGAAGUAGUUACACGUAACCAGGUGACUUGCAUUUUUACAGAAGAUGAUCCAUUGACUUAUUUCAACUAUUAG